GUAAGGGGAGCAGGCUACACCCGGACAAAUUGGGCGUGGCUUCCUGCCCUUUCGGGAAGUCGAGAAUAAAGUCUCCAAAGAGUUUUUAAAACUCAGCCAAGCCAACAAAGCGGGGAAAAGAUGCACUACUAUCGUUAUGCAAAUGAAGAGGUCAGCUGCUGCUACAAGUACCUCAUGUUUAGCUACAACAUAAUAUUUUGGCUGGCUGGAGCAGCAUUCAUUGCCAUUGGGUUCUGGGCCUGGAGUGAGAAGGGUGUGCUGUUGGACCUGACCCAGGUGACACGGCUGCAUGGCUUUGACCCUGUGUGGCUGGUGCUGGCUGUGGGAGCGAUCACCUUCAUCCUGGGCUUCGCAGGAUGUGUAGGUGCACUCAGGGAGAACAUUUGCCUCCUCAAAUUUUUCUCAGGGGUCAUCGGGUUCAUCUUCUUCCUGGAGCUGACGGCAGCCGUGCUGGCGUUUGUCUUUCAGGACAACGUCAGGGAGUGGAUCAAUGACUUCUUCCUGUCCAACGUCAAGGCCUACAGGGAGGACAUCGACCUGCAGAACCUCAUCGACUCCCUGCAAAAGAUGAACCACUGCUGCGGAGCCAAGGAGCCUGAUGACUGGAACCUGAAUCUUUACUUCAACUGCACCGUCAACAACCCCAGCAGAGAGAGGUGUGGAGUGCCCUUCUCCUGCUGCCUCAGUGACCCUGCAGACACCGUUUUAAACACCCAGUGUGGAUAUGAUGUCCGUAAAGGUCCAAAGGGGGUCUGGAGUAACGCCAUUUACGUCAAGGGCUGCAUCCCAGCCUUGGAGGAGUGGCUGCCUCGGAAUAUCUACAUAAUAGCUGGAGUAUUCAUCGUUAUAUCUGUACUCCAGAUGAUGGGCAUCUUCUUUGCUCGGACACUAAUCGGUGACAUUGAGAAGGUCAGGUUUAACUACUACUGAGUGGUGUGGUGAAAUGCAUAGGCCUACAGAGGACAGUACUGGGACUAUCCACCAUACAUUCCUCCCUAUCUCUGAUCUCUCUCUGAGGCAUGGCAAGCGACAAGAAUACGUCUAUACCCGUGGCUUGUUAUCUUUGGACUGUUCUGUCAGUCUCUGGAGAUGGGAUACCUCUGCAAGAGCCUGCACAGUGGACAUUUAAUCCGCCUUAUUCAACUCAAGACUCUUAUGUGCCUUCUCUCACAGGAUUGCAGUUGGACUUAAAAAUACACCCUGGGUUUCCCUUUGUUUUUGUAAUUAGAUACAUUUUUGUAUGGUUUGCCUCAGACACAGUGAAUGUUUUCCUCUUUCCCGGCGACAGUCUUAACCAAUAAACCCAGGUAGAUUCCUGGGUCAAUACAUCAUACCUCAAUGAUCCAAAAACAACAAUUUAAGUCGCCGCACAGGUUUAAAAGGUGUGUUCUCUAGCCUUCAGCGUUUCAUGAGUAGAAUGGUAGCAUAUCAGACUGGGGGAGGAGGAGGAGGAGUUUACCACGUCAGUGCAGCUGCAAUGGCUCCGAUAUAAGACCUCGCCCUAGAGCUCAAUCUGAAACAACAGGAUUUUGGCACUGUUAUGUGACAGGCUUUCAACUGGCACCACCAUUGUCCCUUACCUCAGCUAAACAUGAGAAAUGCAGCUCUAUUUUAAAGGUAGACUCAGUAGAUGCAGACAGUAAACUGCAUGGUGGGUCAAUUUCCACAACAAAGUGUGAGCCUCAACUUCUCUUUUUUUUAAUUAAAAAUUCUCUACCUACAAUGCUGUAACAGAGUGAAGCGAACCCGUGCAGAUACUGUGUUGAGCGCAAAGUAUUGCAUCUUGCUCAUCUCAAUAUCUGUGGUGCUGCUCGUGGCAGUCAUCUAGCAGAGUCUACCUUUUAAACCAUUAGAAUCAGUCUGCAGCCAGUCAAAACCAAAAGUGCACAGCUGAACCUCUGACCUAUUGUCCAUCAUGCCUUGCCUUUUCUAGCAGUCAUGUCUCACAACUUGUCAUUCCACAAUGUGUACUGCAUCAUGCCAACUAGUGUUGCGUAUCGGUCAUGUAGACACAACUUAAGGGAAACGACUGUUGACGCAAUGUGUGUGUAGAUGACAUGCUUUAUUUUGAUCAGUCUUAGAUGACCCCUAAGUGAAGUAUUAGUUGUUAGCUUGUUGACUCAAGAGUAGCUGAGUUAGAUUAUUUUACUGUUGUGUUGACUCCAGCCAAGGAAGCUUGGGCAAGUGCAGCAGUGGAGACUCUCACCCAGACCGACAGACAGGGAGACAUCCAGAGCCCGGUGUCUCUCACCCAGACCGACAGACAGGGAGACAUCCAGAGCCCGGUGUCUCUCACCCAGACCGACAGACAGGGAGACAUCCAGAGCCUGGUGUCUCUCACCCAGACCGACAGACAGGGAGACAUCCAGAGCCUGGUGUCUCUCACCCAGACCGACAGACAGGAGACAUCCAGAGCCCGGUGUCUCUCACCCAGACCGACAGACAGGGAGACAUCCAGAGCAGCAUGGGCCACUUGAACCACAGGUAAGAUCUGAUCAUAGUGCUCAUAUCCCAUCAACCUAUAGCCGGGAUUGUGUUGUGAUCACAUCACUAGACCUGGUUAUCUUCCUGCAUGGUGAGAGUUUUGAUUGAGCGAUUGUAUUCACCUAUAAUGUCUUGAAUAAUUUUUACUGUCUUAUCUUGAUCUGUUUUUCUAAACACAUUCACAAAUGCAAACCCAGUCGUCGCCUUUUUAAUUUUAGCUUGAAAAUGUGCUGAGCUGUUCCACUCUGCUCUUGUUAGAUAUUAAAUACAAUGCUGUCUGAUCGGGCUGCCCGGAGGCACUUUAUGUAGAAAAGAUACAAUUACAACUGUACGGGAUGUCUUGAUGCCCAACUUGCCUCCUCUGCUCAGCCUUUACACCUCAACAAGACACUCAGCCCACAUCCAAGUGACCUCUGGCCACAGAAUGAGCACAGACUUCCUGAAACAUUACUCCAAGCCUUCCAAAAGCGUUUUCAGCGGCGGUGUUUGCUGCAAGCUAGAACUGCUUGAGCUUGCUUUACCUUCAUCCUGUCCAAUGAUGCCCUGCUCAUUCCCCCUCCACUGCUGUCCUCAUACCAGAAUGGGGUGCGUUACAGAGCCAUCUAUGGCAGGUAGCCUAGCGGUUAAGAACAUUGGGCCAGUAAUUGAAGGGUCACUGGUUCGACUCCCCAAGCCUGCUAGGUGAAAAAUCUGAUGUGCCCUUGAGCAAAGCACUUAACCCUAAUUGCUCUGUGUAAGAGUGUCUGCCGAUUGACAAUGUAAUUGUUGAAUGAGGAUAUCUUUACAGCUGAUGAAUGCUAUAUACUUGAGCUAAAUGUCAUACAUUACAAGAUCAAAUUAAAGGACUUUCAUUCAGGCCUUCAACUCCCAUUUACACAUCUGAUGGUCUAGGUCUUUUAUGUAGUUUAACAAUUUUGUGUGCUUGUGUUAGAUUGCUUCCAUGUGAUCAUGGGAGUGUUUUUAACAAAAGGGACUUAUUUUUUUCCCAUAUGUAGAUGUUCUCUGUUUUACCAAAUGACAUUUUGUAAAUGUGAAUUUUCUUAAUUGUGGAUAGGUUUUUAUAAGCAAUAAAGUAUGUUGUCCAUUUUUGUUAAA